AGAGCAGUGGCUAUCUCUUUCAAGAGAGGUGCUAUCCCUCUCUCUCAAGAGAACGCCAGAGAGAGCUGCCUGCGUGCAGCGAAACUCACUCUCGAUCGAACCAGAAAGUAACGACGACGUGUGUGAGAAAUAAAUAAAUUAAAAUAAAGAGACAAACUAUUCCUGAUACAAUCUCAGAAGUGGGAUUCAUAAAAAACUUUUUUUUAUCAACUGAGAACGCCUAUAAUAAUAAAUAAAAAUAUGGAUAUAAACAUAUCGGAAGUGACAGUUAUCCAAUUAAAAAAGUGGUUGGAGCUUCUAAAUCUGUCGACGAAGGGCACCAAAUCGGAACUUUUUGCUCGGCUUUGCAGCGUUCCGGAAGAAAUUCGCGGAAGGGCGCCCGAGAACCUUGUGGAGCAAGCUGAAUUGGAAAAUGUUGACGAGAAUCGCAGUGAGCUGGAAGUGGACGCUGAGACUUUGGAAAAUUUGCGAGCCGAAAUUUCGAGGGCUCAGAAAAUUCUAGAAAACUUAAACUACCAGAUCAACAGCGCUGGUGGCAACCGAAAUAACGGAGGCAGAGGAGGCGAAAAUGCGUUUCAACAGAACGAGCAACGGCGAAACAGCGGCGGCGACAGAGACAACGGCGGCAGAGACGGCGACGGCAGAGACAGCGGUGGCAGAGAAGGCGGUGGCAGAGAAGGCAAUGGCGGCAGAGGCAGAGACGACGGCAGCGCCGUUUAUGACGAAAUGGCAUCGUCUGGUGGUGGGUUUUCGUCAUCAGGAUUUAACAUGGCCAAGGAAAUGUUGAUGGACUUCACCGGUAAAGUGCCUGUUCGAUCCUGGAUCGCUCAAUGGGGCAAUAUAUCGGCUCUAUAUAGCCUUUCAGACUUGCAACAACGUAUCUUGCUGAUCAGCAAGUUAAAAGGCAGUGCCUUGCAGUGGUUGCAUGCGGAUGAAGGACGUUUCGCCAAGCCGACGAAUGAGCUGCUUGAACAACUGCAGCUAGCUUUCGGGGGCGUCGAAUCGAAGGCUGCAUUAAGGCGCAAGUUUGAGGCGCGUAUCUGGAUGCCAACCGAAAAAUUUGCUUUUUACUUUGAUGAAAAGUGUCGACUUGCUCGAGAGGUCAGCAUGGAGGUGGAUGAGCUUUUGGACGGACUUGUGGAGGGCAUUCCAGCCCUAGGAUUGCGUACACAGGCCAAGCUUCAAUGUUUUGAUAGCCCGGAGCGUAUGCUUCGUGCUUUUGCGGACAUCAUGCUGCCGAAAAGGGCAACAACAACUAAAGGGGCAACACCAAGGACGGAUCCAGGAAACAGCGAGACACGUUGUUUCAACUGCAACGCAAAAGGGCACUGGAAGAGGGAAUGCACCAAGCCGAUAAGACCGCCAGGAUCAUGCUAUGGUUGUGGCGCAAAAGAUCACCGCUUGGUUGAAUGUCCCCAAAACAAGAAGAAGGUCGAGAAUAAAUAUAAUGCCUGAUAGAUUCGGGAAGCCCGGUGUCAUUAAUAAAACGUUCAUACUUACCAGUAAACAUUAAAUUAAAACCUCAAGAAGAGGAAUACUUUGGCCUAAACAAAAGCUUAUUAAGGAGUUAUGGUAGAAUAUUAUGUUUUAUAUUUAAAAAUGAAAUAAAGAUUUGGUUUAACUUAAUUGUAGUGGCUGACGAAUCUAUGGGAUGUAACAUUGUGCUGGGUAGAGAUUUUAUGGGUGCUUGCGAUUUAAAAAUUGAUUUAGAUGCGCUGAAAAUGGUUACUGUAGAGUGUAUUGAAACCGAAGUUGAGAAGAAAGCGGAAGAUAAAGUAAUUUCUAAUAAUUGUAUGGAAAUUAGGAAAUUUGAAACCGAUUCGGAGGGCGAAGAGAGUUUAGGUAAAAGUUUAGGUACAAAGUUAGGUGAAAAGAGUUUAGGUAAAAAGUUAGGUGAGAAGAGUUUAGGUAAAAGUUUAGGUACAAAGUUAGGUGAAAAGAGUUUAGGCAAGAAAAAUGUAGGUACAAGUUUAGUUGAGGAAAAUUUAGCCAAUCAUUUAGGUGACAACAAUUUAGGUACAUCUUUAGGUGAAAAGAGUUUAGGUGAGAAAAGUUUAGGUACACAUUUAGGUGGAAAAAGUUUAGAUAAAAACAGUUUAGGUAAAAAUUUAGGCGGGAACAAUUUAGGUACAGGUUUAGGGGAGAAGAGUUUUGACAUAUGUUUAGGCGAUGAUGAUUUAGGUGAGAAGGAUUUAGAUAAUGUAUUGUAUGAAGAAGCUUUAGGUUCAGGUAGUUUAGGAAAGAGCAUAGAGGAUAAUUUUGAAAGUGAAAUGUUAGAAAUAAACAUUUUAGAAGAUGAGACUAAAGAAAUGGCUUACAAUAUCGGGGAUCAGGUUAGUUAUAAGGAUCAAAUGAAGUUUAUUGAAUCAUUAGAGGAAAAUUAUAUUAAAGUAUUGCGACCUGAAAGUCCUAGAGUUAAAUGUGAGUUGAAUAUUAUUUUAGAGAACACAAAACCAUUUAGUUGUGCACCUAGAAGACUGUCUUAUAAUGAAAAAGAGGCAUUACAGAAAUUGUUAGAUGAAUACUUAGAAAAAGGAAUUAUUCAGAGUAGUAAAUCGGAAUACGCAUCUCCGAUCGUUUUAGUGAAGAAAAAGACUGGGGAGUUUAGGUUGUGCAUUGAUUUCAGACGGUUGAAUAAAAUUAUGGCUAAAGAUAAUUAUCCUAUCCCCUUAAUUGACGAUUUGUUAGAUAAAUUGGUGGGAAAAUCGGUUUUUACAAAAUUAGAUUUAAAGAAUGGGUACUUCCACGUUUUCGUGAACAAAGAGUCAGUGAAGUACACAUCUUUUACAACGCCGCUAGGGCAAUUUGAGUUUUUGCGAAUGCCAAUGGGUUUGAAGACGGCUCCCCAGGUAUUUCAAAGAUUUGUAAAUGAUAUUUUUUCUGAUAUGAUUCGUGAUAAUAAGGUGAUAAUAUAUAUGGAUGACAUUUUAAUUGCAAGCCAGAGUAUUGAAGAACAUUUAGGAAUAUUAGUAGAAGUAUUUAGGAGAUUAGUGGAGAAUAAAUUAGAACUAAGAAUGGAUAAAUGCAAGUUUCUUCAAAAUAAGGUAAAAUAUUUAGGUUUUCUAAUUUCAAAUGAAGGAAUAAAAGCUGAUGAGAGGGGAUUAGAAGCUAUAAAGAGCUUUCCUAUGCCAAAUAAAGUGCAAGCUGUACAAAGUUUCUUAGGUCUUUGUUCUUACUUUCGCCGCUUUAUAAAGGACUUUUCGAUAUUGGCGAAACCAUUAUAUGAUUUACUGAGGAAAGAUAGGACGUUUGAAUUUGGAAAUGAAGAGUUAGCUUGUUUCACACUGUUGAAAGAUAAAUUAGUUGCAGCCCCGGUGUUAGCUUUAUAUGAUUACAAGGAUGAAAUUGAGCUCCACUGCGAUGCGAGUGCGUUAGGGUUUGGGGCUGUACUGUUUCAGAGAAAGGAAGACAAGAAGUUGCAUCCGAUUUUUUAUUUUUCGAAAAGAUCAACAUCGACUGAAGCUAAAUACCAUAGCUUUGAAUUAGAGACGUUAGCCAUUAUUUAUGCACUUAGAAGGUUUAGGAUAUAUUUACAAGGGAAACGGUUCAAGAUUGUUACAGAUUGUAAUUCUCUAACAUUAACGUUGAAUAAGGUAGAUUUAAACCCACGAAUUGCAAGGUGGGCUUUAGAAUUACAAGAAUUCGAUUAUGAAUUAAAACACAGGGCAGGAAAACAAAUGCAGCAUGUUGAUGCACUUAGCAGAUGUAAUAAUGUAAUGAUAAUAGAGGCAAAUACGUUUGAGAAUAAUUUGGUAAUUUGUCAGUCAAGAGAUAGUAAGGUACAAGAAAUUAGGGAAAUUUUAGAAAACGGAGAGCAUAAGUGGUUUGAAAUGAGGAACGGGGUUAUAUAUAGAAAGAAUAAUAAUAACAAGUUACUGUUUUAUGUACCAAAUAGAAUGGAGGAACACGUGAUGUAUAAAUAUCAUGACGAAUUAGGUCACAUUGGAAGGGAUAAGAUGUUAGAUGCGAUUAGUAAAAGUUAUUGGUUCCCGGGCAUGAAACAAAAGGUUUGUGAUCACAUUCAGAACUGUUUGAAGUGUAUAGCUUUCUCUCCUAAAUUAGGCAAAGGAGAGGGAGCGCUGCACAGUAUCCCCAAAGGGAAUAGACCAUUUGAUGUUAUUCAUAUUGAUCACUAUGGGCCAGUAGAUAAUAGUAGAGUAAAAAAGCAUAUCUUAGUGGUAAUAGAUGCAUUCACGAAGUUUGUUAGGCUUUAUACAACAAAAACAACGAAUACAAAAGAAGUUAUGAGUGCUUUAACAGACUACUUUCGGUCAUACAGCAGACCAAAGUGUAUUAUUUCGGAUCGUGGGAGUUGUUUUACGUCAACGGAUUUUACAAACUUUACCGAGGAAAGAAACAUAAAGCACAUUAAAAUUGCUACAGGGUCACCACAGGCUAAUGGGCAAGUUGAGCGAGUAAAUAGGAGUUUGGGACCGAUGAUUGCAAAACUAUCGGAACCAGAGAGAGGAUUACAUUGGGAUGUAAUUAUUGAAAAAGUGGAGUACUCGUUAAACAAUACACUUCAUAGCAGCAUCAAACAGCUUCCUAGUGAAACCUUAUUUGGAAUAGCUCAGAGAGGAGAAAAUAGUGAUGAAUUAAAGGAAAAAUUAGGAGAGGAAGAAAAGAUUGAAGAUAAUAGACAAAAUUUAGAACAGAUUAGGCAGAACGCGGAAGAAAACCAAAUAAAAUCUCAAACAAAAAACGAAGCCUAUUACAAUGCGAAAAGGAAGAUUAAUACAGAAUAUAGAGAAGGAGAUUAUGUCAUGGUAAAGAAUUUUGAUAGUACUGCAGGGGUUUCGAGAAAGCUUAUACCGAAGCACAAAGGACCAUACAUUAUUGGAAAAGUUUUAAGAAAUGACAGAUUUUUAUUAAAGGACAUCGACGGGUUUCAGUUAUCUCGGAAUCCAUACCAAGGUGUUUGGAGCGCAAGUAAUAUUCGGCAUUGGAUAAAAGAUGAAAAUAAAUCUUAAUCAAUUAAAUAGAAUAAAAAUACUGAUAAUAAGACUGAAAUUAUAAGAAAAAAAAUUGUACAAAAUUGUUAACUACUUCUAAGACUUAGCUUAAGAUAUGUUGUAACGCCGAGAUAGUGGGCUAUCUCAAAGCCAGGAUGGCCGAGUUGUAACAGGCCAAGUAUAAUAUAUAUAAGCUGGCCACAUUAUUAGAGCAGUGGCUAUCUCUUUCAAGAGAGGUGCUAUCCCUCUCUCUCAAGAGAACGCCAGAGAGAGCUGCCUGCGUGCAGCGAAACUCACUCUCGAUCGAACCAGAAAGUAACGACGACGUGUGUGAGAAAUAAAUAAAUUAAAAUAAAGAGACAAACUAUUCCUGAUACAAUAGCUACUAUAGAUACAAUUGUUAUGGUUAUACUCGAAUACAGUUCUUUCGCCCUUUCUGUUUAUCAAAAGC